UGUUCAGAUUAUGCCUUCAACGCAAGCAGCACACAGGCUAAGAAUAACACAGCUCACUGAGAUCUCGCAACUUUACAGUUCAGAACAACAUUUGGGGACGGUAACACUAUUCUGUUGAACAAAUUAUUUUCUUACUGAAAACUUUGGAUUUUUCAGGAGUCUUGGCUAUUUCCACCCAUUGGAUGAAGCAUUUUGAUCUCAAUAUUAAUGGAUUACUGCAAGGGAGUUUUGUAACUUUUUGUUUUUCAUUUAAACAGAGGAUUUCAUCAGCUUGGAGUUGUGAAUCUCAUCUUCUCAAGAGGAGUAGUAGCAGGUGUUGUGUUUGAUCCAGAAACCUUUGAAGAAAAAACCCUUUGAAACCUGAUGUUUGUGAUGGCCCUGUGCUUUUAUUUACUCUAGCUAAAGACUUUAAUUUCAUAUGUACUUAGUCCGUCCGAUUCCAAGAUCACCGCUGAAAGGAUUUGAGCUUCUAGGAAGACCUGUUUGUUUUCUCGUCCAGUUUCUUGGAUAUUGUUUGUCGUCCGUCUCCGUAAGCACACUGUAGGUUACUGGAGAAGCCCAGUGGUUUGGUAAAUAAAAUGAAAGCAUGAGGAAUGACUGUCAAAAAGCAAUAAACUGAGUGGCUUGUAGCAGUAAACAUUGCACUCUCCCAAAUAACGAUGACUGCUGCGGAAUCUGAGUGGCUUAGACGUCUGAGUGUUGUUCAGAGUUGAACUUCAAGACAGUAGUCAGACCAUUCCAGAGAAGACCGACGUCGGCUAAACACCCAGAGGUUUUGGAAGGACAAAUAAGAUCUUUAUACACCGCUACAAUGGAGCAGAGCUCUUCUGCCGCACCAAUGGACAAACAAGAGAGCGGGGUCGAGUUUGUGUCCUCACACCGCAGCAGAGGGAGAAUGGAGAGCUGUGGCAGCCGGACCCGAGGCCGGCGGCAUCUGUUUCCUUUGCCUGUCCUCGUCCCUCUCUGCAUGCUGCUGUGUGUUUGGGCUCAGGUGGAAGGAGUGCCUCAUUCCAGCUUCCGCAGGCUCAGUGGUCGUGAAAAGAAGGAGAUGCAGAAGGAGAUUUUAUCUAUUCUGGGACUACCUGGUCGACCGAGACCACACCCGCCGCUGCGGCCCCCUUCCUCCGCCCCGCUCUUCAUGCUGGACCUUUACCAUGCUGUGUCAUCUGAGGAUGAUGAUGGACUGGGUUUGGGCUUCACUCCAGAAGGGGUCAGUCAUGCGGCGCUGCCCACUUUAAGCACACACACGCCGCCCCUCGGCACAGUGGUCAGCGAGGCCGACACGGUUAUGAGCUUUGUCAACCUGGUGGAGCAGGAGAAGGAUCUGCUGCAGCCUCGGCCGUACUGGAAGGAGUUCCGCUUCGAUCUCACUCCGCUUCCUCAGGGAGAGACGGUCACCGCUGCCGAGUUUCGCAUCUAUAAAACUCUUACCGUGGGUUGGCGAGCGAACCGCACCCUCCAUAUCUCUGUCUAUGAAAUCCAGAGGGAGAAAAGACACAGGGAGCCUGAGCUGGUGUUGCUGGACAUGCAGUCUGUGCCGGUGGGGCAAGAGGGUUGGCUGGCAUUUGAUGUGACUUCUGCGAGCAAUCGCUGGCUUCUCCACCCUCGGAGCAACCUGGGCAUCCGCCUUUAUGUGGAAGCUGAGGAGGACCGGUCGUUGUCAGCCGCAUGGGUGGGUCUGGUGGGUCGGCGUGGGCCGCGCUCUAAACAGCCUUUUAUGGUGACGUUCUUCAGAGCCAGUCAAGCCCCUUGCCGUCCACCCCGUGCUCUGAGACACAACAAUCAACGCAAGAAAAAGCCCAAGUAUGAUCUGCCUCACCCAAACAGACCCGGCAUAUUUGACCAAAAUCAUGCCAGCAGCGGGCGCCAGGCCUGUAAGAAACAUGAGCUUUAUGUCAGCUUCAGCAAUCUUGGUUGGAAGGACUGGGUUUUGGCCCCUGCAGGUUAUUCUGCGUAUUAUUGUGAUGGGGAAUGUGAUUAUCCUCUGGGCUCUUGUAUGAAUGCCACAAACCACGCCAUGAUCCAGCUGCUGGUUCAUCUUCUAAGACCAAAUGAAGUUCCCAAAGCCUGCUGCGCUCCAACCAAACUCAGUUCCAUCUCUGUGCUCUUCUAUGACGACAACAACAAUGUUAUUCUCAAGAAACAUCGAAACAUGGUGGUCAAGAACUGUGGCUGUCUAUAACCUAUUGUAUAUUCAAGCUUUAAACUAAACGGAAACAAAUGCACAUAUUAUAAUACUAAGAGGCACCAUUUGUAAUAUACAGUGAUCCAAAAUGUAUUUAGCCAAAUUUGAGCAUUCUUACUUGUCCCAAAUGAUUGACAAAUGAUAGUUAUUGAAGUGUCAUGAUGGUAAAUCAGCAUCAUUUUCACAAUUUUAUUGUGAGUGGAUUUAAGUUUGGAAUCCAUCCUAUAAUAAUAAUUAUUAUUAUAAUAAAAUAGAUAUUUUGUAUAGCUGUCUUACAUUUGAAUUGUUAAAGUUUGUAUAAUUGUGGAAUGUGGUAAUAAUGGACAGGGACUUCAUGUUAUGUUUCACAAAGCUGCAUUGCUUUGACUUUCACAUCACUUUUUCUUGCUUGUAAAACUGGUAAAAAGCUUUUAAAAUAACUUGUACCACCCACACCCAAGUGAAGAAAAGAGACAGAAAUUCAGUCUGAGUAGGCUGCACACAUGGAUCAUUUUUAUUUUAG